CCUCCUCACGAACAGAGCAGGGACUUCUGCGUCUCAGGCCCUUGCUACCCACGGAGACAGGCCAGCCAGGCAUGGGUUUCCUCUCCAGACCGGUCAGUUCCAUCAACUGGCCAGCUGGUAGCUGAUUUGCCACUCGUUUUCUGAGGAACCCAAGCCUGCCCGCUUGAAACCAUUUCUUUCUCUGUUUUAUUAAUGUGGUAGUUAUUCAGCUAAUAUUUACUGAACUGUCCUCACACUGGGUCCCCGGUUAGGGUGUAGGAUCAGAAUGAUAAUGGCUGCUACUUAUUCGAACAUCUGUGUGCCAAGUAUUGUUCUGUACAGAGGUACGUCUAUUAUCUCAUUUAAUUUAAUCUUCAAACAGCCUUAUAUGCAAGCGGUGCUAUCACCAUUUUAAUGAUGAAGAAUUUGAGUUGCAGGGAAGUAUAAAGUAAUUUAAAAAUGUUUAUUAUUAAUAAUGAUAGAUUAACAAUAAAAACAGUCGCCACGAGCGCUAUUACUUGCAUCGGACACGUUUCCCGUGUUCCUUCAUGGCAUUCUCACAACCAGCCGGGAAUUCCAUGGAACCUUAGUCCCAUCCUACAAAUGAGGAAGCUGAUGCUCAGAGAGGGCAAGGUGCCCCUGCCAGGUCACACAGCUGUACAGCAGUGGAGCUUAGAUUUGAGACUAAGUCAGCCCCUUCCCAAAGUUGAGGUCCCCUGACUCCCCCAGAAACAUGGACGUGCCCGUCUCAGCCUGCCAGGGUCUUGAGCCCAGGCGCCUUUAGAACCUUUUGGUUAGUUUCUCAUUACCGUGGUAAAUGUUUAACUACCCCCGAGCUUGUGUCCGGGAUGUUUAAUUGAAGGCUGUAAUAGCAUUUCUUCUUUGCUGAGCAGCACAUCAGAUAUUUCUCAAAUACUAGUUUUCUUUCACAAAGUAGGGGGCUGCAGAGAACGAUGCAUUCUCGCUGAUCUGGCUGGAAGCUUUGCAGCGGUCCAUUCUGGCCUCAGUAGUCCUGAGACUUCCCUCGAGAGAAAGAAGCUCACAGGCCUGGGGGUGUCUGGGAGUCCUGAAGAGAGGGUGGUGGCCUGUGCCUGUGGACAGACAGUGGCUGGGGCCACGUGUGUGCCGAUGGGCAGCUGGGCUGAAGGUGACCUCUAGAGCUUCGUUGCCUGGAAGGGGGCAAGACCCUUUGGCAGACACUGAAGAAGGUGACCGUGGCUCCCUCUGCAGCCCCGGGUUCUCUAAUUGGAGGUCUCCGGGUCUUUCAGCCGUUCCUGCCGAGGCGGAGGGUCCAGUCUCCUGUCGUCUUGGUCGUGUUUCUCCGCUUUGCUUCCUUAAACUGGAGCCCUGGGAACUGCCGAUUGCAGUCGUCCAUAGGACUGCCCCCUCCUUGCAUCUGGGGUCUCUGCCCCUCCUCUUGGCUCUCAGAGGAUAUCAGUGUGGUUUUUAGGAGCUCUAACCCACGUUGACAAGGAGGUGUGCAUGAUGACAUUGUGCCUUACCCCAGUGAGUUCCUGCGGGGUCACCAGCUGGAGUAAAGGUGUGGCCCCCGCCCUCAGUGAGCCUUAAGUCAUGUUGCCGAGACGGGACACAACAGGCGAAAGAGAUUUUAACAAUAACAACAGUUAAUGAUAGGGAUUUGAGUGACAAGUUUUCCAGAUACAAAAUAGGAGAAUCUGGAGAAUGGGGAGGCCAUCGUGGGCUGGAGUGGUCAGGGAGACAAGCCGUAAAGGACAGGCAGGAAGCAAAGGGUGGACAUGGCAGGGGAACAGGGACAGGUCCAAAGGUGGGGCAGGAGAAAGGAGCCUGGGCGGGAGAGGCAGGUGGGGAGGGCAUUUCUCCGUGUGACAGUUGAGGAAACCGAGGCACAGAGUGGUGAAGUGAUUUAGCCCAGGUCAGAGGCAGAAUUCAGUGCGGCGUUCACAGCCAGAAAGAUGGCUUCCUGCUUCGGGCCGGGAGCGAGGGUUGGCAGACCCACUCCUCCCACCCGCUCAGCGGGCAGCGCGGGCUCCGGCUCUGCGCCAGGUUCUUAGCGGGAAUGAGAACGAGUCUCCCCUGCCCUCAGGGAGCUCCCAGACUGGGAGACCAGGACGGUCCUCCUCAUCAUGGAGCCCUUUGGGAAGCGGCAUGGGGGUGGGAGGCCUUGUUCCUUCCCAGAGACUAGCCGAUUUCCGAAGGCUGCGGCGCUCCGCACAGGCGCCGUUUCAGACGCCCCGGGGCCCAGUGCAGACGUUCUCCGGAGAGACGCGCAGCAUCUUCAUCACGGGCGCCCGAGCCGGAUCUCGCCGCAGCUAUCGUGGAUGUGGAUGCGCCUCCGCAGCUGGGGACCGUGUGAUGGCGUGUUUGCAAACUCCCGAGGCGCUGCUCCUUUCACAUGGCACGGCGCACUGACAUUUACAUGCCUAAUGCGCUUGCUUUGUGCUCGAGCUCUCCGGGCUUCUCCGCGCAUCCCUGGGAGACCCCUCCCGCUCUCCUCCCUCGGAGUGAUGGCGCAGGGCUCCCAGUGAUGUGGGCAUGGUUGGGUCAGCGCUGCCCCUGCUUCCUAGAGUCAUGUACCCCAGUGUCCUCUUCCAGGGAUGUGCCAGAGAUGCGCCCACUGGCCAGGACUCACUGUCCAUUCGCCCUAUUGAUUCCACACGGCACAGCUCGCUUUCACGCUGACAGAUGCUGCUUACACACCUCCAGCAAUGGGGGCUUUCUCCCUCCUGGGACGUCCGAUCUUUUCUUGAAAUAGCUCUCCGGGUUUGCACGAUCUUCUUUAGGUUAGCUAAAAUCAGAGUUUCCGUAACUAAUUUAUUCCCUCUGGAUCACAAGGAGGCGACAGAACCUGCCUCUCCGAGCCUGGGAGGGGAAAGAUGGAGAGGAGGGGGACAGGGGAGGCCAUUCAACCAGCCAGCCUUCGCACCUAUGUUGGAUGCUUCAGUGACGAUGGCCAAGAGAGGACCCUGAAGGGGGCCGUGUUUUAUGACCUGAGAAAGAUGACCGUCCCCCACUGCCAGGAUGCAUGUGCCGAGCGCUCCUACGUCUACGCUGGCUUGGAGGCCGGAGCGGAAUGCUACUGCGGGAACCGGCUCCCAGCGAUGAGUGUCGGGCCGGAGGAGUGUAACCACGAGUGCAAGGGGGAGAAGGGCUCCGCGUGCGGGGGUGCUGGGCGGCUCUCUGUGUAUCGCGUGGAGGAGUUGCAGCCAGCCUCCAGGAAGCGGAGGACCGUCACGUACCGAGGGUGCUUCAAGCUGCCAGAGAAUGUCACGCACGCCUUCCCCGACUCGCUGACACAGGCCAACGUGACCGUAGAGAUGUGCUCGGGAUUUUGUUCCCAGAAAGAGUUUCCCUUGGCCGUCCUCAGGGGCUGGCAGUGCUACUGUGCUUACCCCACGCCCCAGUUCAGCCUGCGGGAUGCCGUGGACGGCUCGCGGUGUGGCCAGGAGCCCGAGGCACAGAGGCUGGCAGAGUACUGCGAGGUCUACCAGACACCUGUGCAAGACACCCGGUGCACAGACAGAAGGUUCCUGCCCACCAAGUCCAAAGUGUUCGUGGCUCUGUCGAGCUUCCCGGGAGCCGGGAACACGUGGGCUCGGCACCUCAUCGAGCAUGCCACCGGCUUCUACACAGGCAGCUACUACUUUGACGGGACUCUCUACAACAAAGGGUUCAAGGGUGAGAAGGACCACUGGCGGAGCCGGCGCACCAUCUGUGUGAAGACCCACGAGAGUGGUAGGAGGGAGAUCGAGAUGUUCGACUCGGCCAUCCUGCUGAUCCGGAACCCGUACAGGUCCCUGGUGGCCGAAUUCAACAGGAAAUGCGCCGGGCACCUGGGCUACGCGGCUGAUCGCAACUGGAAGAGCAAAGAGUGGCCAGACUUCGUCAACAGCUACGCGUCGUGGUGGUCCUCGCACGUCCUGGACUGGCUCAGGUACGGCAAGCGGCUGCUGGUCGUGCACUACGAGGAGCUGCGGCACAGCCUGGUGCCCACGCUGCGCAAGAUGGUGGGCUUCCUCAAUGUGUCCGUGAGCGAGGAGCGGCUGCUCUGCGUGGAGAACAACAAGGAGGGCAGCUUCCGGCGGCACGGCCGGCGCCCUCCUGACCCCGAGCCCUUCACCCCGGAGAUGAAGGACUUGAUCAAUGGCUACAUCCGGACAGUGGACAAGGCCCUGCGUGACCACAACUGGGCUGGGCUGCCCAGGGAGUACGUGCCCAGAUGAUAGGCCCCAGCCGCUCUGCCCACCCCGCCGAGAGCCGGCCACCCCCACGGGCUGCGCACGCGCUCGCUGGGACACACGGCUGCUUGUGCCACCCGCAGGGAGGCCUGCCCGGGUUCUGCGUCCCUCAUGCGCAGGGAGACCCGGACACAAGCCUUUAGGCCACCCAGGCAGACACGAUGUUGUGGGACAGACACCCACAAGCUCUCACAGACACGCUUAGACCGCCACUCCAUGUUCACAGUGCCUGUUUUGAUGCGCCCAAGCUGCCACGCAGGGUGCACCAGCCAAUCCCAGACUUGCAGACACAGGCACGCAGAUGCCAGGUUCUGCAUUGCCGGAGGCUGUCUGUCUGUUUCACACACAUACGCACACAUGUGCACCUCGGGCUCCUGUUUCCUGGAGUUUCCUGUUUCCAGCCCCAGGCUCGGACUCACCUGUCAGGGGCCUUGGUGCAGGAUGCCGGGCAGGGGGCCACUUGUGCUGUGAGCCGCAGACCUCGGCAGGGCAGUGGGCGCAGACUGUGGCUGCUGGGCCGUGCAGCUCUGACCGCCUGCCUGCUGUCCCAUAAAUAGGGGCCGUGUGAUGACCAGGCACCACAGCUCUGCGGCUCCACCUCCCCCUUCUCUGCGGGUGGGCUGAGCGGAGCCCCCAAUACACUCACCGACCUCAGGACCCCCUGCAAGUUCUGUGCACCCCCCGCCGCCCCUUCCAACAUGAAUCCUCCUUGGAGUGGGGCCUCCUUGCCUGGCUUUUUCCUCUAUGGUCCCCAGAAAAGCUGGAAAUUUGCGCCAUGCCCCAGAAGCAGGGUGUGAGGGCAAGAGGACAGUGGGACAGGGAAGGGCUGGGCCUCCAGGGGAGCCCUGGACCCGAUGCCAGCAGGAGGGACCUUGGGUGGGCCUGGGGAGACCCAGGAGGGAUGGGUCUUGGGGACCAUUGGGGAUGGUUGCCCCACCAUUUUGACAGUCCCCUGCUCUUUGUGGGUUGCCCCCUGGGGUCAUGAGGAAGGGGCGCUGCAUGGCCCAUCCACAUGCCUCCCCCCCACCGCCGGGGCGAGGCUGUGGCUGCAGCUUCUGCCUGACCUCCCUGGUGGCCGGUGGCUGAGCUCUCUCUGACCCUCUGUUGUUCACCCUGCCGCUUCCUGUCCUGGGCCUCUUUGCCACACUCUCUGUCUGUUUCUGUGAGGCUGACAUCUUCCCCACUUGUUCAUCCAUUUCCUCAACAAAAAUGGAAGGGCGCUCACAGAUGCUGAUGCCAGCAGUGUGCUGGCCUUGGCCUUGGCCUUGGGGAGAAGAUGGAUAGGAAGGCCCCCUCCCCCACCCCCAGCUCACAGUUUGGGAGGGGGAGGAGGGGUUGUCACAAAUGGGAGUGAGAAACGCAGUAGCAGAGGAGCGUGUGUGCUGUGGCUGCUCCCGGCGGGUCAGCCCCUAUGCCUGCGGUCUUCAGGGAACGCAUCACGGUGGCUUUGAACUGGUCUUGAGGCAUCUGUAGGAAUUAUCCCAGCAGAGCAGAGGGGAAGGGUAAUUGAGGCAGAGAGAACAGCAUGUGCAAAGGCUCAGAGGCUUGGAAAACGCUGGUGUGCUUUGCAAAACAGGUGAAUGGGGUGUGGGACGUGUGUGUCUCUCUGAGUCUAUGCAGUGGUGGGGGGGGAGUGGGUGAAUGAGGUCAGAGGUGGGGACACAAAAAGGGACUGUCCUUAGAGCCACUCAGUGCUCAGCUGAGAGGGGCAGCGGUGCUGAUGUUAAUUACCCUCUCUGGUCACCCUUCAUUACACAUCUUGGGCUCUGGAAGGAGGCAGUGGAGACCAGGGGGCAUAGGUCUGGAGGUGGAGGUGGACCCAGGAGUACAGCCCAGGGCGGUCAAGACACAGGGAGGGCCAUGGAGAGCUCGGGUGCACCCUGACCCCUGUGAAGGGGAGGGAGGUGGGCCAGCCUGAACUUGGACAGCUCUGAGCCCUCUGCAGCCUCUCCAAGCCUAGGGUAACCUGGCUGGGCCCCCUGGUCUGACCUCCCCUCAGCCUGAGCCAAGCUGCAUUGGGAGGAGAAGCCAGGGCGAGGAGUUUGGGAAAAGCGGGCAUGGAAGGGCCCUGACCUCUGUUCCCUGGCCGGCAAUGGGGAGGGCAGACAGGGCUGGAGGGCCUGGUGGAGCCGCCCUUCCUCAGAGGGAACCCUCCCCAGCCUUCGGCUUUGCCAAUGAGAGUACUUGAGCUGUGUGCUCCUGGUGGCCUCCAGGUCCUUCCUGAGGUUCCCCCACACCCACUGCUGCUGAGGCUGUUUAGACCCAUCCACAGCAUCACUCGGCUCAGCCCAAAGCUGGAAACACCAGGGUCUUUGUAAACGUUUGUUGGCUCAGCGUGGCUCCGAGGUCAAGUCUGUGAAGGCUUCUGAUGGGGCUGUUUCUCCCAAGUUGUGGGAGCAGUUGAGACCCUCCAGGAGUUCCACACUGGCAUGGAAGGGGUCCCAGCUGGUACCUGCCUCCCAGAGCAAACCUAGUCUCAAAGGAGGCGGCAGACCAACUGGUGGAGGACAGGGACGCUGGCCGCCUCCUGAGACUGGCUCCUGGGCUGGCCUCACUCUCCCUGGCCACCUAGACAUCUUCAGGGAGAAGACUCAGAAGCUGUGGAGGCUGGGAAGGAGAGAGGUGUGGCCAGGGGACCCACUGGGAGGGACCACAGCUGGGGUUUGGCCCCCAGGGCCCCCCACCCAGGAGUCAGGAAAGCAACAGCGCCAGCCGGUUCCUCCUGGUGCUUGGGUGGGUCCAUUCCCUGCUGCCAGGUAUGAGAGACCUCCUCUCCUUCCAGGUGGAGUGCCAUCUGCCCCGAUGGCCUUGGAGUUUCCUGUGCACUGUAGCCGGGCAUGCAGAUGAGCAGAAUGAUGGGGUCAGGGUGUAUCCCGGCCAUGCUGAGUCAGUCCAAACAGCAAGGCACCUGACACUAGGCAGGUGCUCCUGGCUGUUGGCUGAGCAAGGAGAUGCAAGGCCCUGCCCGCUGCUGCUGGUUCUCAGCAGCCGUCCUCAGGCAUGCCUCUGGGAGAGCAACUCGGAAGCGCAGGAAGGGGAUCUGUCUGUCCUUUUGGGAAAGUCCGUUUGUCUCUGUCCAAGUUAGGUCUCAUUGAUAGCUCUCAGCUUCUCGGUAGAGAGGCUGCUGUCCAACCAGCCAAGGAGUAAACAUGGAUGCGUAUUUAGGGGAGAAGUGUGGCAAAUGCUUUAGGAACCAAUCAGAAGAGAACAGUGAAACCCUGUCUGCAGAUUCCAACGUUAAUAGCAAGGCUGUGGAGUUCCACAAACCUGUGUUAAAACAUGUAAUUUUCAUGGAUUUCAUCUCCCGUUGUAGAUCAAUUUGGAAAAACCAAAAUAUAUAAUUUUAAAAAACUGUAAAACACAUUCUGAUAAUCCCAGUGAUGUGUAAAUGAGAGAGAAGAAUAGACAGGCUUCCAGACCCUGGGAAGAAAGCUGCUUAAUUAUGUGAGCAUCUUAUACUGAAGUCUCUUGCCGCUAAAAUUAGAUUGUGAGUGCAUGAAUAUGCGAUAAUGUUUGCACACCAGAAUGCAUUUUUUUUUUCCGUAAAAGUAGCGGGAGCUACUUGGUUCUUAGGGGGCCCCAAGAGAGAAGGUGGAAGUACUGGGGUUGAUCUUUGUGGCUGCAAGAACUCUUGGGCAUAGGCUCAUUUUAUUCGACUGGAAACUCAUUGGAGGUGGUUGAAAUGGAAUGCCUCCGAGGUGGUUCAUUCAGGUUUAGGGAGAAAUUGAUUGGUCUGAACCCACAUUGAUCACCACUCAGUUUGGGCGAAUUGGCCUGAACAAGGUUUAAGUAGAAGAGAGAGUGGAUAUAAUAUAGGGUCUGCAGAUGGAAGGGCUGGAUUGUGGUCCCAGCUCUGCUCUGCUGUGGUCUUGGACAAGGCCUUUCCCUCUCUGGUCUCCAUUUCCCAUCUAUAGAUAAGGGAUGUGAUGGAUGUUGUUGGUUGCAUUCCCAAUGUUCAUCCCCCACUUCCUUUCCCGCAGCUCCUGAUUUCUGUUUGGGGAUUUUAUGAUCUGGCUGAACUGACUCAGUCGUCACUUCAAGGGGUAAAGCAUGACCUGGGCUAAGCCAACAGCGCAUUCCAUCUCUCUGGCUACAGUGAUUGGUUCAGACAUGGUGGCUUCAGACAUGGUCAUGUGAGCCAAGGUAGUGCAGCCAGAGGGAAUUUCAAGACUUUUUCCAGGAAUGUUGGGUAGGGACUCUUUUUAUCCCCCCUGCUGGAUGUGAAAGCGGAGCUGGGUAAUCCUAGGUGUUGAUCGGGGCUGCCUUGGGACCAUGGAGGGGAACCACUCUCAGCAUGAAGCUACACUGCUGAAGGAAGAGUCAAGAGGCAGAAAGAAGCCAGGUCCUUGAAGACGUUAAGUACAGGAUCAAGCUUUGCCUGCAACUGGCCCUACCUCUGGAUGGUUUUGUUACAUGAGCCAAUAAAUUCCCUUUAUUGUUUAAGUUGGGCUGAAUUGGGUUUUUGUUACUUACAGCCCAGAGCCGUGUCCAAAGGGCUUGGAUUGAAAGGCCCUGGAGCUCCGACAUCCUCUGUCUCUGUGGCUGAUGUAGGCAAAGACUGAGACUCAGACCAGUAUGAGCUGGUAGGAUUGGGAAGCUGUUUUCUAAAAGGAAUGAGGCUGGGUAUGAAAUGCUCAAUAGGAAGCUAUGCUCAGUCAGCCAGAACAAGUAGCAUUUGUAAGUCAGUACACAAUGAGGUCACCUAUAUAUCCUUAGAAAAUCGUUCCUCUGAUUGCCCAGCUCAAGCCAUCAGUUGUCUCAUUUAACCCUUAACCAUCACUUUGUUAUUAUCUCCACUUGACAGAUGGGGAGACUGGGAUACCAGCCUGUAAUGACUGGAAAAGUGUGGCCCAGCUGUAUUUGCCAUAACUCCUUUCAUGACAGAUGUGAUGUGGUGUUGGAAGGAAUUCUGUGAUAAGCUAUUUGGAUUAGGGGGGAGACCCCCCCUCAAGGGACAUGUUUCAGUAACAACUGAUGGGCAGUAAACUGCCUUGAAGAAGGGUGGGUAUGGUUAACCAUACAGCUUUGGUUUUGCUGAGUGAGACAUGCAAGCUUGGGGCAGAGCACAAUUGCUGCCAUUGGAGGGGAGGUAGGAUAAUGCCACUGAGAGUUCCCUUCUUCUGUCCUUUCCUCUUUAACCCUACUGUGUGCUGGAAAUAUGAGGGACAAAGGGAGUUGUUUGUGGCCCCUAUCUUCAGACUCCCCUUGGAGUGUCUGACUAUAAUACAUAUGCCAGGAUGGAGAUCUAGAUGGUAUGUAGAGAAAGCCAAGGGUCCCAGGAAAUCAUGAGUGCUCCCUUUUGUCCCCAGUGCUCCCUUUUGUAACUGAAGAUAGAUUUGGGCCCCUCCUGAGAACUUCUACCAUGAAAAACCAUUGCAGAAAUCUGGGUCCCUGCCAAGAGAAAUAUGAGCAGAUCCACCCUAAAUGACAAGCAUAAUUGUUUAUAUAAAAUGAGGAAUCUUGAUAUCAAACAAAAAUAGAAACAAUUCCAGCUGAUGCUGUGAGUGUAAGAAUGAGUGGAAUGAAUUAACUUUCCAAGGUGACUUCAGUACCUAAGACAUUUUUUCCAGGUUCAGACAUCAGCAGUGACAGAUCUGUGGCUUGAUGGUGUGGCCAAUGAUGCUCAAUGACAGAAAACAGUGUUCUUACAGUCACGAAGUUCCACAGACGUCAUCCCACAUGUGCCUCAGUGAGGGAGACAGUCUUAUUUCCAUUUGGGCGGAAGAGAAAUUUAGUUUCUGAGAUUGAGCUGCCCAAAGUUCAAACCCUUUAUUUUACAGAGGAGAAAAAUGAGACUCAGAAUGGGGAAGGGUUUCCUACAAGGUCGUGCUCUGAGAAUGAGUGUGGAGCCAGGGCUGGAAUGUGGGCUCUUUCCAUGAAAGCGCCUGAUUGCCCCUGUACUGCAUCCCUAUGGCUCUUCCAGAAGUGGCUGGAGAUGAGGCGGGUAUGCACAUUCAGCUCCUAUGAAAGCGACCCCAUUAAUUUCACCGCUAAUUCUUUGCCAAAAUAAUUUUUGUGAGUACCUGAGUUCAAUUUUAAGGGCCAUUUAUCAAGUAUUACCAGAACUUGAAAACCUGCUCGGGCCUUUCCAAAGCAGUGAGGUUGGAGAGAGGGACCACAACUUGCAUAAGAUAGGAGCCCAGAGUUUUCAUCUUAAGUCACAAACAUCCCAAGCAGCAGAAAGGCCCUGCUCCUCCAAGAUAUUAAUAGAUAAGCAUCUUUGGUGCCAGAGUCCAGCAGUGUGUGUGUUUAUGAGUAUGCGUGUGUGAGCUCCAGCUGCUGACAGACAACUGCCCCUUUGAAUCACAUGCCAGCCUUCCUGACCACUACAAGUGACCAGAGCCUGGCCACCUGGAAUUUGGCAUCAACCUACUUGGAUAACUGUCUUCCCCCACAGUCAGAGCUACCGCAUCCAGAUGACACAGUAUCCACUCCCGCUUUGGAAGGCGGGGCACACGCUUAGUACGUUUCUGGGAGGAAGCCUGGGAGAGCAGAGCAAUGGUACUAGGCAUAGACACUUCCAUCUGGACCCAGCCUUCAGCCACCUAAAUUGUACCACGGGACUUGCCAAAGGUUGAGAUUACACCUCACCAGAUUCACCUGGAUUAGUUUUCUAUUGCUGCAUAACAAAUUACCGCAACCUGAGCAGCUUAAACCAACACACAAAUGUCAUCCCGCAGCUUGUGUAGGUCAGGAGUCUGGGCGUGGCUCAGCUGGGUCCUCCACUUCAAGAUCUCACUGGGUGGCCAUCAAGCUGUUAGCCAGACCGUAUUCUCAUCUGGAGGUUCAACCGGGAAAGUGUCCACAUCCAGGCUCACUCAGAUUUUUGGCAGAAUUGAGUUGCUUGUGGUUAUAGGGCUGAGGGCCUCAGUCCCUCUGACCCACCCGUAAUUCUUGACUUGUGGGCCUCUCAUAGGAAGUUCCCAACAUGGCUGUUGGCUUCUUCAAGGUUGGCUGGAGAGUGAGACAGAGUGUUACACACAUUACAUAAUCACAGAAUGCCAUCCCUUCUCCUUUGCCAUUUUCUACUGGAUAGAAGCAAGUCAUGGGCUCCACCCACUCUCAAGGGUAGGGCAUGAAAGGCAGGAGGUGGGCAUCAUUGGGGACCACCUUUGGGUCUGUCCAUCACAACAUCAAUAUGGAAAAACAUCAAUUUGGAAAACAUCAAUCCAGAAAUCAGUACAUUCUUGAUGGUCUCUAGAGCAGUGCUGACCCCUGGAUUGCAUUAAAUGCAGUGGAUGUUUUGAAGAGUCAUCCAGGAGAACCAGGUUGUAUCCAUCUCAUAAUGAGUUCAGGGCUGAUGUCCCCAGUCCACUGCACUGACAUUAACAGAAUCAUUAGGAACAUCCCCAAUUCAUAUUGUCCAUCUCUAUACUCUUUUUUUAAUUUGUCUUGCUCAGUACAUAGUGGGCCUUUCAGCAUCUGGACUUCUUUCUUUAAUUCUUGGACAUUAACUAUUUUUGAUUUGAAUGUUGCCACCUCUUUCCUUCUCCAACCCCUCAUUCAGGCAUUCUUUUACACUGACACGGGAACUUAAGAAUCCAGUUUUUACACCUCAGCUCUUUUUCCAUACUGUCCGUCUCUCAGACCCGUUGUCCUGGGUUCUGGGAGAAUUCUUCGCAUUGAUAGUCAAACAUUAUCAUUUGCUCUUCACUGUGUACAUUCUUCUCUUCAACCCACCUGUUGAUUACUAUAAUUAUGGUUUGUAUUCCUGAGACAGCUAAUUGAUUUUUUAUAGCAAUCUGAACUUGUUUCACAGAAGAUACCCCUUCAA